CUGUCGGGGUGUAGACCCCAUCGCCUGGCAAUGUGCUCAUUAACCUGGCUGCAGCAUUUUUAUGCACCGUGGCUGGCUGCCUUCGUAAAAAGAUGAAUGCUGGAAAGCGAGAGGGGUUAAUGAUUAAUUUCCUGGACCCUUUAUUUUCCUUUGCGCUACGUGGCUGAAGCCCACUUCUCUUCCCCCAAUAACCCCGCCACCCCCGGCGUUCAUAUCGGAGCUGUUAAAUCCCCACAUUUCUCCCCGACAACAUUGGAAAGAACUGUCUGGAUAGGCCAUAAUAACAAUACUGUGGAAGCCGGAAGUGCUCAGGGAGCUUUCCCGAGAAACAAUGUUUCAGGUCGACACACAAAAUGCUGGAGGAACUCAGCAGCCCGGGCAGCAUCUAUGGAAAAGAGUAUAGUUGUCGUUUCGGACCGCGAUCCUUCAGCAGGACUAAAAUUCUUGAACUUGAAACCACAAAACAGAAGCAGACCCAAGAACUUGAGCAGAAGGAUAAGCAGAUUCUGACAAUGAAAGAUCAACUCUCAAAAUCUGGUGGGAAAGAUGUGGCUUCUCUACGUAACCAGCUUGCGGAAAAAGAUAAAGAUGCCAAAACAAAAGAGCAACUCUUCAAGUCUUUGAGUGAGGAAACCGAAAACCUGAAAAAUGAAUUGUCUGCAAUCACAUUAAAAUGUAAAGAACUUGAAAAGAAUGCUUCAACAUUUCAAGCCCAGAACCAAACUGUGUCAUCAUAUGAAUUUGAAAAUGUUCAAGCUCAACUGAAAGAUGCUCUUGAGAAAAACCAGCAAUGGCUAGUUUAUGACCAACAGCGAGAGGCCUAUGUCAGGGGGCUACUGGCCCGAAUAUUUGAACUGGAGCAAGAAACUAGAAAACAUUGUGAUACCAGCACAGCAAAUGAACUGUCAGAAGAGAAACAGAAGCACUAUGACCAACUUCUUUCAACUGCUAAGAAAAAUUUUGAAGAACAGUGUGAGAUUGCAGAGGGACUAAAGUUGGAACUUUCAGAAUUGAAAAAGCGUUAUGAAGAAAAGAACUUGGAAGUCAAGGCCAUGAGUAUCAAAUUACAUGCAGAGCAAGGGUGCAACAAAUGGAAGGCUGAUGAAGAAAGGAAAUCCUCAGCUGAAAAGAUCCAGAGACUUCAAACUGACUUGGAGACCUUCAAAGCUCAAUAUGAAGAGGAGAAAAAAAGAUCAGCUGACUUUUUGUAUCAGAUCCAGCUUCUUCAAAGAUCCUCCAUAAACCAGCAGGAAGAGCAAUCAAGAAAUAGAAUAAUGGAACAACAGAUGCAGAACAUUUCUUCAGACUUUGAAAAUGAAAAACAUGAACGUCAAAAUCUGCAACAUCAAUUGCACAAAGUCUUGAAAGAAUUGCGGAAGGCACGAGAGCAAAUUGCAAGACUUGAGAAUACUCAAAUAGAAGACAAAUGCCUCCUGGAGCCAGGGUUGAACAGAAACAGUGAGAGUGAAGAGAAAUCAAGUUUUCCAAGAUCCAAAAAUCAUCUUGAUGAGAGUUUCUUGGAAUGCCCCAAGUGCAAAGCUCAAUACCCCACCAGUCGGCACCGAGACCUGCUGGAACAUGUUGAAAUUUGCAAUAAUUAAAUUCUGAUUUUUUUUUCUUCCCCCCCCCCUUCUCCCCCCCACCUUUUUUUCUUCAGUUGCACUCUCAAAGCUUGCAAUUCCAAAGUUUUGCAGUGGGGAAAUAAUUCAAUUGGAACUUUAUUUGAGCUUGAUCUUUAGAAUACAUGCAAAAAUGUCGAGUUCCUAGGGAUUGUUUAGCAUAUCGUUAUUGCGAUGGCAUUUAUGACCUUGACAUUUUGAAUUGUAUCUCCCUUUUUGAAAUGUUCUUUGUAUUAAUCAAGUGGAAAAUAUUAAUAGCAUAUCAUGCCUAAAAUUAACUUUAACUUACAAAAACAAUGUCAGAUAAUUUUAGACUGUUGAACACAUUUUUAGGUUUGCUUGGGUGUUCUUGUGAUCUCAUCAAGGCCUCUGUCCUGGGAGUCUGCGUAAUCUUGAAUGGCAGCCAGUUCUGUAGUUGGCAAGGUGAUGUAAAAUUGGGGCAAUGGAUGUUAUCUUAUGGCUAGAGUUUACUUUACUGAAUGAUUAAGCACUCCUGAACUUUAUGUUCAUCAGCAGGGCAAAGGGGCAUUAAGAUUUGCUUUCUUUCCCCUCCCCCUCUCUCUUCCCCCCCCCCCCACACACACACAUUUGCUAAUUGAUUUGCACAGGAAAGCAAUACUGUGAAAGAAUUCACAAUACUUGCAUUUAGCAUGUUUACUAAAAUCUUGUUUUGUGCAUUGUUUUUCUACUUGAGCAUAUAAUGUUUUGAUACAUGAAAUGUAUUACUGCUCUUGAUAGUUUAUUGUAACUUGAAGCUGCAAUUGUUUUGCUCCAUAAACCUAUUUAAUUUUAAAUAUUUCCUUAUUUGCCUUGACUUCCCUCACAGUUCCACUCUGCAUGGUCUGACCAAACAAGAUAACCUGAGGAGCCUCAAAUCCUGCUGUCUUUAUUGUUUAGUGGCUACUUCAGAGCCUGGAUAAUGCAAUAUGUGUGUUUGUUUGGUGCCUUGGUCAACAUUAUUUGGUUGAAUUACAAUCCAUGUCAUGUAUUGAAAAGGUUUAAGAGUUUGUAUCUAUUUUAGUUAAUUAUUGCAUGCAGUUGAAUUAAUGAAGCCUUCAAUGUUCUAAGAGUCAACUGACAUUUGGGCACAACUAACAAGCUUUCAUUAACUUUUUGUUCAAUUAAUUUUGUUAGAACGAGUAUUGGAUUGCCAGAUACAAUUGUUUCAGAUAUGUGGUUUUAUUGCAGGAAACACUGGGAAAACUUACUGUAGCUAGUUUCAAGUUACAGCAGAAUAUUGGGACAAAAUACUGAAUAAAUGCUACUGUUAAAAGUAUUAUAAUUAUUAUUACAGAACAAUUUAAAGAUCUUUGCUUUUUAGAAUGUUUAUUUAUGCUCGUUUUGAAUUAAAAUAUAAACAUACAAUCCUUCAGGUAAAUGGCAUGUGGAAAAUGAAUGACUAUGUAACUUUCUCUUAAAAUAUUCAUUUUUCAUUCUGAAUGCUUCUCUUCAGAAUUGUAUUAUACAAGAACAUAAUUUAGUGUUCUAGUUCGCACUGUACUUUAAGCCUAAAAUAGGUAAAAGGUAGGUUAAUUUCGGGUUCAGCUUCCAUCCAUGUGUAUACUAUAGGACCUGACCAGGAACAACAAUGGUUUCCUUCCAAAUUGGUGAAUGUUUACUUCAGUAAUUUUGCAAAUUUUUUUUAUAGAUCUGCAUUUAAUAUUGUAAUAGGCCAUCUACUUGCAAUUUGGGUAAUAGGAUGUCAGUCAAUUCCUAAAAUUAUAGUAUUCUUGAACCAGUUAUAACAAAUAGCUUGGUAUUGCUUUCUUGCACAAUAUUAUUGGGAAGCACCUGGUCGGGGAUGCACUCCACUGAGCAGCUCAGAUAAUCAAAUGGGGAGAUAUUGCAGGUGUGAUUUGUAAUUUUCUAAUGCACUGUAAUGACCCACUUUAUUCUUCCCCACCCCUCCAAAACAUUGCCAGAUACCUCUGUAAAGCUUCACCUUCCAAGGUCAGCUAUAUGUGAAUAUAGUGCAAGUAAAUUAGUUUGAAUUUGUAUUUAAAAUUUUGAAUACAGUACUGACAUUUGAGUUCAAACCAAUUAUCUCCAGAAAUUAAUUAUUUUGGCAAAACUUGAAUUACUUAGAUGAAGUCAGAAUGGGUUGUACAAAGUUUUAUUUUCUACUUUUUAGCUUUUUGGCUAUUUUUAUAACCAAAUGCACUUGGAGUGGUAAUAGAUUGCCCCAUUUGGUUUCCUUCUGCUUACGAUAUUCUGUUUAGUUGCAAUAGUGAACUUGUCAGUCCAUUUCUAUGUAACUUUUUAAAUAAACAUCAAAUGAUUAAAGAAUUGAUAAUCUCAUUUUAUUUUCUUGCAUUAAUGAAGCAGUUUGCUGAACAUUUUCAGCCAAGCCAAAAAUAUGAAUAUCAAGUCAAGUUUAUUGUCAUUUAACUAUAUACAGAAUGUGUAUACCGUCAAACAAGACGUUUACUCUAUCAUGUCUCCUCAGAAUCUGAUGUUUCUUUGCUUACUUUCACUUUUUUGAUCUCCAAAAGAACAUGGAAGAUUUGCCUUCACUCUGUUCAGCUUCUGUAAUUUGGCAAUGAAACAAUUGGAAAGAGGAGACUCCAGUCUGUCUCUGCACCAUCAAUCAUAAAUUACCUCAAAUGUUGUGAUAAGGAUGACUUGCUUGCUGGGAAGAGCAGUUUCAUUUUUCUAUGUUCCUGCAUAUUGCUAAGUAGUAUUCUAGCAAUGCAUCAGAAUAUUUCACAAGACACCUCUGGUGUCUGUGCACAGAAGAAAAUUUGCCAGGACCUUAACGAUUUGCAAGCAAAUUAAGACUCCUUGCUGGAAAUGAAAAUAACUCCUGUAACUAUUAUUCCCCUCACAAUAUUUACUUGUUUUA